GUAUCUUGUUGGUGCUGUGGAGUCUGCGGCGAUGGAUCUCUGCCCUCAGCACGAGUCACAAGAGGCUCCCACCAGGCCCCGUCCCUCUACCCAUCGUUGGGAGCCCCAUCGAACUCGGAAACAAACCCAAUGAGUUGCUCGCAAGACUCGCUCAGACCUAUGGCCCACUCAUGACUCUUCCAUUAUCUGGCCAUGAUAUUUAUAGGCUUAUCAUCAAAAAGGUUGAAGUGCCAAAACCGAAGGCUUGCACACAGACAGAGAGAGAGAGAGAGAGAUGGACUUCUACACCCUGGUGUUAGGUAUCUUGUUGGUGCUGUGGAGUCUGCGGGGAUGGAUCUCCGCCCUCAGCACGAGCCACAAGAGGCUCCCACCAGGCCCCGUCCCUCUACCCAUCGUUGGGAGCCUCAUCGAACUCGGCAACAAACCCAAUGAGUCGCUCGCAAGACUCGCUCAGACCUAUGGCCCACUCAUGACUCUGAAGCUCGGUCGUGUAACGACCGUCGUUGUUUCUUCUGCCACAAUGGCCAAAGAGGUCCUCCAGACACACGAUCAAGCCUUCGCCGGUCGAACCGUCUUGGAUUCCGUUAGGGUGCUGAACCACCAUCUGGCGUCCAUGGUUUUUCUUCCUCCCUCCUCCCAGUGGCGAAACCUCCGUAAGCUCUGCAACAAUCAAAUUUUCACUACACAGAGACUCCACGCCAGCGAAUCCCUGCGGCGCCAGAAGGUACGGGAGCUCCUUGCUCAUGUUCGCGAAAGUGCCCAGAUGGGUAGAGCUGUUGAUAUUGGUCAGGCCGCAUUCACCACCACCCUUAACUUGCUAUCAAACACCAUCUUCUCCCUCGACGUGGCACGUCUAGACUCUGAGACCGCAAAGGAGUUCAAAGCAGUGGUGUGGGGAGUGUUGGAAGAGUCAGGAAAACCAAACCUUUCGGAUUAUUUCCCUCUGUUGAGACCAUUUGAUCCCCAAGGUAUAAGGCGCCGUUCGAAAAUUUAUUUUGGUAUACUAUACAAGAUGUUCGAGGAAAUGAUAGACAAAAGAUUGAAGACCAGAGCUUCACUUCAUUCUCUUCCCAAUAAUGAUCUACUAGACGCCCUGCUCGAUCAAUUCCAAGACAACAGUUCGGAGUUCGGCCGUUCCGAUAUCAAAUCGUUGCUUGGGGACCUAUUUAUAGCAGGAACUGACACGACCUCUACCACUAUAGAAUGGGCCAUGGCGGAGCUAAUCCAUAAUCCAGACUCAAUGGCGAAGGUUCAAUCGGAGCUUCAAGAAAACGUUGAUGAGGGUAAACCAGUAGAGGAGACUGAUGCCGCUCGGCUCCCUUAUUUAGAAGCGGUGGUGAAGGAGACCUUGAGGCUACAUCCACCAGUUCCGCUCUUAAUCCCUCACAGAGCCGAAACUGAAGUGGAGAUCUGUGGGUUCACUGUGCCGAAGGAUACGCAAGUGCUGGUGAACGCGUGGGCUAUUGAGCGAGAUCCUAGCAUUUGGAAGAACCCGGAUUCGUUCUUUCCUGAGAGGUUCUUGGGAUUGUCGGGAAUUGAUGUCAGAGGCCGACACUUUGAGCUCAUACCAUUUGGAGCUGGCAGAAGGAUCUGUCCGGGGAUGCCACUUGCGUUGCGGAUGUUGCACCUGAUGUUGGCUUCACUUCUGCAAUCGUUUGAUUGGAAGAUUGAAGGUGGGACGAACCCCAAGGACAUGGACAUGGCGGAUAAGUUUGGGAUCACCUUGCAGAAAGCUCUGCCCCUUAGAGCCAUACCACUUGAAGCGAUGAGGUCUCGAGGGUAAUUUACUUUUUUUUUUUUUAUUAUUAUUAUUUUUUAAUCCAAAUACUAUUGGGAUCCGGAAACCCUAAAAUUAUGGUAAUCGCAUGACGAGAACCUUCACUA